AUGACAACUACAAUGACAGCCUCGACUGCUCCAAUACUAAAGCAACAGCCACCAACAGACGAAAAGCCGGUACAAUUGAAGUCUGGAUUAGAAACACAAUCACAUACACAACAUCAUUCAACUGAAGCAAUAUCACAAACGCAAGAGCAACCUGUUACAAUAAAAACUUCAAAAGAAUGGGUGCUACCACCAAGACCAAAGCCAGGAAGAAAGUUGAAGGAGAUCAAAGCUAAAAAGAAGUGUACCAAAAAGUCAUCCUCUGCACCUGAUACAACUGCAACCACCACCACCACAAUCAAGAAAGCACCAACAAUUACAAAUUCAACCACACGCAAGGUAAAUAAGAAGCAUGAUUGCUGUACCAACGACUUGAACCCUGAUUUAUCAACUGUAUCAUCAUUACUACAAAACAUUUCCAUUAUUGACUCAGAAAAUUCUUGCCUCAAAUCAAACUUGUUGUGUUUGAUACAUGAGUAUAAGCACUUGAAAAGCUUGGUUUUGAAUUCACCACCAGCACCAACAGAAGCAUCAGAACAACUGGCUACCAACCUGUCCGCUGCCACUACAACUUCCGAACUAGCUGAAUCGCUACCAGAUGAUUUAGCUGAAAUGGUCGAUUCCAUCACACACGAAGUCCGAGCAGUUCACAAACGUUCCUUUGUUGAAGUAUGUGAUGAAGAAGAGGAUUUACUACUGGAAAUUGAACAGAUUACUGAAGACGGCGAGCCUUUGAGACGUAUGUCGACGCCUGCUCCAAGGGGCUCCAUUGUUUCAUCCGCUAGUUCCGCCUCGGCAUCGUCGCCAAUUGCAACUGUUAUGGGAUACAACUCGUCUACUGUUGACACUGUAGCGUCUACACCCUUACCUGCUACCCUCGAGUUCGAGGAGUUUAUCAAUAUUGAAGAACUGGAUGAGAAGAAUAUCAUUUCCAAUGAAGCAGCAGCUACAAACCCUGUCCCAGUUGGCUCAUUAUCGACAUACAGGAGUAAGAAGUUUGCUCACUACAAGGAUUUCCACAAAUUGGACACUGAAGAGGAUUCAGAUGGUGAUAUAAACUUUGAAGAUGAUGAUUUAAUCAAUGGUGGCGGUGACGAAGAAGAGGAAGGUUUCCUCGGUGAAUUGUGCACUCCAUCGUCAACUUCAUCCCAUGAUUUAUCACGAACAACUUCACCAUAUUCAGACUACGAAACAAAUUCAUUGAUGAGCACGUUGACAAGAACUACCACCGGGUCAUCAAUCAAUACUGUCAUUCAUGAGAAACCAAAUUUUAGCAGUGAAAAAUUGCAUAACAAUUCUGGGUACACUUCAAUUCAUCCACCACCUCUAACAUUGAAAAAGAUGGGAAAUUUUUUUGAUUUACCCAAAUAUCAAGAGAAUGAUAAAUUAUACAGCUUCAAGUUUGAUACUGCUGAAUAUCAAGCUAAAAGGAUCGAUGAUGAAUACAACUUGGUGACGGAUCUAUUAGAAGAGAAGUUGAUGAGUAAUGAAAUUAAUUAUUAUCUGCAACAACAACAAUCGGGAUUGGGACAAGUACAGGGAUACAGGCAGAGACAACACAAUCACCACCAACAACAGGGAUUGGGACACGAUGAUGAUGAUGUUAAUGACAGAGGACUGUUUAUGAACUUUUAUUGA